GCGGCCCGGAGUCGGCGGCUGCCACACGCACGCGGCUCCUCGCAGCAGCAGCAGCUCAGCAGGUUGAACUCAGCAGCAGCUUCUCUGUGUUUACUCACAGAAAACUGUUCAUUGUGCUCGGAGCUGACACUCAACGAUCCGAACGGAGCGAGAGAGAAGAAUCCAACAAGCAGCGAGAGAGUUACGGGAUCUGCAGCCGCAGCUCUGUUUUUCAGGAUGUGUGGUAUGGACAUUGACGUGGACGAUGGCGCUUCAGGUGAGGAGGAGAAAGAGGAGGAGUUCUGGGUUGGGGAGGGGGUGAAGAUGCUGCCCCCUCCUGUGGCCCACAGCGGGGGCAGUGCCCUGGGCAGCAGCAGGGGGAGGUUUGGCUGCGUGGCCUGCGGGGCCGUCCUCGUCCUCUGGAACCUGUGCGUCGUCUUAGCCAGCACUCUGCUGCUCGCCGUGGUCUUCUCUGUGGUGCUGAUGCCUGCUGUCCUGCUGCUCUACGCCGGCUUCCUCUGCCACUCAAGGAUCCUUGACGCCCCCUCCGCCAUCUGCCGUUACCUUGACGACAACAGCUGCUCCGCCCUCAUCAUCCUGGGCUUUGUGAUGAUGUCGCCUCUUGUGGUUGUGGCAGCCGCGGUCUUCUGCGGUCUGCUCCGGAGGUUUCGACUCCUGCUCCUCAUCCAGCCGAUCACACGUGCCCGGUAUAGAGGGCGCCUGGUGGACUGGGCAGGCAGCGUCCACGCCUGGGUCUGAGGCUCGGACCCAACAGUCAGAAAAGAGCAGUGUGCGGUCACCCAGAGAGAAACUGGGGGGGGGGAGCACCAUAACUAGAAAGACCUUAGAAUAAAUUGCAGUUAUAAGUCAUAGGCUUCUUUCGGAGAGGGACUGAAUUCAGUAGAUGAAUGUCUGAGUGAGAACCACCAGAGUUUCUGCAGACUUUAUCCAGCCAUUCCCCUUGUAUAAAGUUCGCAGAAACUCAGGAGUAGUGAGAACACAGCAGGAAAACCUCCACAGGAUUCACUGCCGGUGUUUGUGUGUGUGUUUGUGAGUGUGUGUGUGUGUGUGUGUGGGGGGGGGGGUGAUGAUGUUUCUAACACACAAGAGAACAUCAAAAGAAAACAUCUGCGUAUAGAAAAGUGUACAUGAUGAAAAGUGUACAUGACGAAAAGUGUGUGAUGUAGAGGACACUGACAAAGACAAGAGGGUCUGUGGUGACAGACGCCGGUAUCGAUUUGCUGUAAACAAAAACAUCUCUGUAGCAGAAUCAAUACGUUAUAGGCUGCCUCUGUCUGCACCCCUGUCCUGAAUCCUGCAGAGAUUUGUUGCUGUUGUGUCUGAGUGAAUCUCCCGCUGUGUUGUGCACGUGUGGAAGAAAACCUCUGGAGAAGGUCCGGACCCAAAUCAGUCAAGUCUUAAAAUGUCUAUAGAAAAUAGAUUCUUUCUGAAGCAUGUGAUCAGUUUUUGGUUGCCAGGAACGUUAGAUGGAAGGUUUUUUAAAGAAUAUAAUUUCCUGUGGGGCUACGCCAGACUCUGAAAACAAAACCAAUGAUGUAAGAUGUUUGACAAAAAGCAGCAUACAAGGACUUUAAUAUCGUCUGUGAGGUAAAUUAAAUAGACAUGAUGUUUGUAAUCUAACUCGUUUAUCGAAUGUAGCAUCUUGUGGAAUGGGGCGGGUGCAUAUGAAUGUACAUUUUAAGUGUGUUUUUCUCUUUAGAUCGUUUUGUGCCAUAAAAACCCAGCCUUACCUUUACCAUAAAAACGACAGAGGCUGACAGUGUGAAACAGUAAUGGCUGUCUAGUGGGAACCAGGUGUUGAAGAGGGAUUUGAAUUAUCAGACCAGGAGCUCGUUCUCUGCCUCUUUGCUUUCAGGUCAUUUAAAUUCAUCAGCAGCCCAGAACUGCUCAUCCUUUUUAUCAAUGUAUCCCCCGCUUUGUAAAUACAGAAAAAUCUAACCCAAAAUAAAACCUUGCAUCAUAUUGUACGAGAAGCACUCAUUAAAUGUCCUGUGACAAUCUUAUCAAAAUGAAAUGUAUUUAUUUAUCUGUGUUAUCUGUGAAAGUCAAGUUGUUGAUCCUCAGUUGGUUGUUUUAAUUGAAGCAAUGGAUCGCUGUUGUUUCCACUGUGAAAGAGAAUUGUAACGGAAAAACUGAUUUAUUUAUUUUUAUUUUUGCCAGGUCGUAAAUACAACAAAUAACAUAGCGUUUUGGAAAAAUUACAGCUGCUUAUAUCAAUUGAUUGUUUUGUUUUCAGUGUUGUCAUGAAAACAGCAACAUUUUGCUGUGUUCAGACCUCCAUCAAUAAAGAAAUUACCUUUU